AAACGACAGAACAACCAAAAUCGCAUUAAUUAAUAAAUCAGUUUGCGGAGAUAUGCCACGACAAUGGAUGCUUAUAUGUGCUCAACUUGCCGUACUAGCUUCUGCUCUAUUUGGCUACAUAUCGGCUGCCAGUAAGCAUUAUGGAACACUAUCAGUAGUAGGACCAGCCUUUGUGAACAGGGAUGUAACACUUAAAGCGACACCGUUCUACCCUUGGGGAUGUCACGUUCAGUGGAAAUACAUUAUUGACGGACAAACACAAGUUCAAACAAUGGAUGCUGACUUUGCUACAAGAUAUUCGGAGAAUGAAUCAUACUUUUUGAAAUGGACGGCUACGUUUGCAUACAACAGAGCUGUCUUCUACACCGUAUGUUCAACAAACACAUCGAUUAGAACAAGCAUCGUAUCUUUAAAUAUGACAGAUAUUGUUGGACAAUGUGGAUCUCUCGUCCUUUUAAACCAAGUUGUUCACGGCGCGGACGUCAAAUUAGGGUACUUUCCGUCUGACCUUUCUCUAUAUUACAAAUCAUUCCUUACACGAACAUGGAAGAAGAACAACGAAAAGAUACAGCUACGCGAAGGUUAUUACGUCGAGGAGACAGUAUCUGCAUAUCUGUACACAUUAACGGUACUCAACUUUGAUCACAGAGAUGCGGGGUCAUAUAUUUUAGAGUGCAAUACAACAGAAACAACGGACCAUGUGCAGCUUUAUGUUUUAGAGCGACCAAGUUACCCAGUUCUCGGUCCAAAGUCCCCUGACUUUAAUACAACAGAAUGCAUUUAUGUUUAUGAAGGCUCCGACUUAUAUUGCAAAACAGAUAACGGAACAAAACCCGUCCAUGUCGUACUUUUACUGGGCCAGGAUUCAAUUGUUCUUGCUGAAAGCAAAUAUAUCAAAGGGUUGUACCGAUUCCAUGACGUUUAUCAACGAAUGACCGGUCUGUCAAGACAGAAUGUGACAUGCCAAGUUUCAAAUGCAGCCCUGGAAACACCCUACGACGUGCAUGACAUUCUCUGUAACGUAGAGAAAGGUAGCCCGCCCGUGUUAACAGUUCCUGAAUUCCUUGAUGGAGAAAGUUCGACAACAGUCUGUGAAGUGCACAAUGCUUUCCCAGCUCCGGCAAUAGAAAUACGCGUUGGCAUAUUUUUGCUAGCUGAUGUUCAACAAAUCGAUUCAUUUAAUAGAUCUUCUAAUACUUUUACAAGCCGUUUAAAGGCGACAAAGACUAAUAAGAGGUGGAAUGGAAAAGAAAUGUGUUGCAUCAGGGAUAGUAACAAUGCUUUUGGUUUAACAAAUAUGUCGAUAUGCGCGAACAUCAGUAUAAAAUAUCCCCCGUCGGAUCUUUCCAUAUUAUUCUACAAAAUACAUGAAUGUAGCAACAAUGCUUCUGUCUAUAUCUUAAACAUGUUUUGUGAAACUGAUGCAUCAAAUCCGCCUUGCGCAAUUGAAUGGGCAAGUGACAACGAUAAUGUAAGAUACGUUCACAUCAACAACUGGACGAUUGGUAAAAAUGGGAGUUUCCGAUCUGUUUCUAACGUGUUGUACAAUGUCACUAAAGACAUGGCUGGUGGAACUAUUACAUGUUCAACAAGAUGCGAACAUUUCCCAUCGCAUUUAAAUGCAAGCUAUGCAAUAUCGUUUUCUGGAAGUCAACCCAACGUUUAUGAGAAUCAGACAUUUUCUUCAACAUCACGAUUUCCUGUCAACAAGGUACUUAUUGGAACAGGCGUUUUCUGUGGACUCUGCAUCUUGUUUAUAAUUGGAAUUGGAAGAUGUGUAUUACUUAAACGGCGAAAGGUCAACGAAGUCAACACAAUAGAGAUGUAUGUACCAAAUGCUGUUUUGUAA